AUGCUGCGGUCCAUCUCCAAGCCUCUCUCGAUACGCGACCGAGCCUCAGCUGUGGUUGAGCGGGCGUUCCAAUUCCUCAUUGGUGUCAUGAUUGUGGGCGUUAUCUACAGAUACUGCUGGAUUGACGUAGCCGACCCCUUCAAAUGUAGCGCCUUGCAGAACCAAGGUGAAUGGCUUGAUCCAGGCACAAAAUGGAAUACACGGAAUGCUUUCAGAAGCUGGCAGCCACCGGGAUGUAUGAUGCACGAAUACACGAAGAGAGAUAUGCAAGAAUGUUUCCAGAAGAGGCGCCUGGUCUUUAUUGGGGAUUCUACAACGCGGCAGAUUUUCUGGGCGGUCGCGAAGAAGAUUGAUCAGCAGAGGGCCCAGAAAGAGAUUGAGACGUUGGAUCUGGACGAGAAGCAUACGGAUCUUGCCUUUGAGUCUGACGGUAUCAAGGUCCAGUUCGUUUGGGACCCAUGGCUAAACUCAACAACAUUGGCGGAGGAGCUGAAAUUGUUCAAAGCCUACUCUCCUGCAAAGUCAGAUGGGCCUGAGAGUGCUGGAUUACUGUUGCUUGGGACUCCUGGACUAUGGUAUGCGAGGCAUGGCCAGGAGAACUACUUUAAGGAAUUCAGAGACUCAAUUGACGCUGUGAUUCCGUAUAUGGACCACCUGCCCGAGAAUGAUACCUCGAUAUCAGGGGUCCCAAUGACGCUCGCAUCUCGUCAAGAGUCGCCAAACCUUCUUCUAAUGGCGCCUAUUCAAGUUCCUCGAUAUGAGGCUCUAUCUCCUUCGAGAGUGGAGACCAUGACACCGGAGAAGAUUGACCAGAUGAAUGAUUUUCUUCAGCAAGUUUCAGCGCACUCAAGGGCGGAUGUUGUUUGGAGCUACUUUCUGAUGACCUCAGAUGGGGACGAGCCAUAUGAAGAGAGUGGACUUCAUGUCGUUGAGAACGUAGCAACUGCGAAAGCGGAAGUUCUCCUCAACCUGCGCUGUAAUGCCGAUGCUGCGCAAAGAGGUUAUCCGUAUGACCGAACUUGUUGCAGCAAUUACACUCAACCAGGUGGGGUCCAAUGGAUACUGGUUCUUGGUGGAAUGCUGGGUCUGCCAGCGAUUUUGUUCACCCGUCGGAGACAUGUCGUCCAGAUUGGACGCUUCCUACCUCAAAUAGAGGUCUUGACUGCUCUGACAGUCUUUGGCCUGGUUGUGUGCUAUUGUUUCUACACCGACAGAACUCAGAUAUUCGACAAAGUCCACAAAAAGUUUGAGGAAAGCCGGUUUCUCGCUGCAUGUGGAGCAGCAGCAGUCGUGGGUGCUCUCUCGAUACGAAGAAGCAAAAGCCCAACUGCUAGUGCCAAGGCCACCCAAGACAUUGAAUUCCUGCCCCGUGAGCAGACAGACGAAUGGAAAGGCUGGAUGCAAUUCAUUGUUCUCAUCUAUCAUUAUACCCAUGGAUCCAGUAAUCUGGGAAUUUAUCAAAUCAUUCGGCUCCUCAUCGCCGCCUACCUUUUCAUGACUGGAUAUGGUCAUACAAUGUUCUUCCUGAAAUCGGAAGACUAUUCUUUCAAACGAUGCGCAACAGUGUUGAUUCGAAUCAAUUUGCUGAGUUGCAUAUUGCCAUAUAUGAUGCGCACCAACUACUUAUUUUACUAUUUCGCCCCCCUCGUUAGCUUCUGGUUCCUCGUCAUUUAUUCCACGCUCAGGAUCGGGCACAGCAAAAACUCGAAUUUGACCUUUCUCAUCGGAAAGACUCUCAUCUCAGCAGCACUCACAACUGCUUUUACGAAGAUACCCGGAGUUCUAGAAUUUGUUGGUACUGUCUUACAUUACACCUGCGCUAUUUCUUGGAACAUCUCCGAGUGGCGUUUCCGAUCUUCUCUUGAUCUGUAUAUUGCGUACAUCGGAAUGCUCAUCGCAGCACUCUCACUUCGUUCUCAUCGAUUGAAGGCUGGCGGCGUCACACCAAAAUCGGCAAUCGACCUUCUUCUCCAACUUACUAUCAAAUAUCGCCUCCUGUUCCAGGCCGCGCUUCUUGCACUUGCUCUCGGCCUCCCACCUGGAAUGUGGGGUCUGCUCCGAAAAUCACACACUAAAGAAGAUUACAACUGGUGGCAGCCAUACAUCUCUGCUAUUCCCAUACUUUGCUACAUAGUCCUCCGCAACGCUCUACGGGCAUUCCGCAACUACCAUUUCACCGUCUUUGCAUGGCUCGGCCGCUGCUCUCUCGAGACUUAUAUCCUGCAGUACCACAUCUGGCUCGCAGCUGACACGAAAGGUCUGCUCAGACUCGGUUUGUGGGACUCUAGCAUUGAGACUGUUUUGUUAACAGUAGUAUUCUUCUGGGUCAGCUGGCACACGGCUGAGGCGACGCAUACCUUGACCAGAUGGAUUGUAGGGGAUGCCGCUGGAAGUUUAGCGCAGUCUCGGAAGAGUAGUGAUAAUGACGACCUGAAGGGCGAGAAGAACUCGCCGUACCUCCUGCCGAAGGUCAAGACCGAGGAUGCAGCGUCCUCGUCCUUAUUGGCAGAUGAUAGAACUUCAUCGAGUGAUGAGCGUACCAAAGGCGUUCUAGGGAAGUUGAAUAGUUCAUUGAAGCUGAGGGUUGGCUUGAUUAUGUUUAUCAUGUGGCUCGGGAAUAUGAUGUACAGGUAG